ACUUGUUAGUUUUCCUUGCAUUCUCUGACAAUAGCAGAAGCUUAAAGAACGUCUACGCGGAGGAGAAACAGAAUCCCGCGAAGAAUUGUUACCAACGUAAAGGAAAAUCUCGCGAGAGUCGGGAGCCGGGCAAACUCUCGCGGCUGACGGUUAUUUAGCCGUUGAACAGCCGUGCACCCCGCCUUUCCUGGCUGGCCGCUGAGGUGGAGCGAUUCCCGCCUUUUCUGAGGUUCGGAGGCAGAAGCUCUAAUUGAUUCUUUUUGCUGUCCUAAUAGACAGCAGGUAGCAGUUCGCGUGGGCACCGAGUCCAUGGUUUCCCCCUGAAUCUUGAAAGGUAAGGGCAGGUGUACUGAAUUCCUUUCUUGACGACGGAACCCGGAGCUGGGCAAUGAUUUGAUUCGAUUCCGCACCUGCAGCGCUUGGCCAGCGGCCCCACUCCAGCCCCCCACCCCCGAACACCUCCUCGGUAGCCGGUAGCCCUCUAAGAACUCACGAUAAUUACAACUGGAAGAGAGAAAAUGGAAAAGCAAAAGCCUUUUAAAUUGUUUGUACCACCAAGAUUAAGUAGCAGUCAAGUAUCUGCAGUGAAACCUCAGAGUUUGGGAGGAGAUUCUAAUUUCUUCAAGAGUUUCAACAAAUAUAUUGAAGAUGAUUUUAGUUUUCCAUUUGCAAUGACUAAUCUCUCCAAAAAUGGGGAAAACAUUGAUUCAGAUCCUGCUUUACAAAAAGUUAAGUUUUUGCCCAUGCUUGAACAGGUUGAUAAUUCUGACAGUUGUCCCUACCAGGAAGGACUAAAAGACUCUGAUUUUGAGAAUUCAGAGCCAAUGAGCAGACUAUAUUCAAAACUGUAUAAGGAGGCUGAAAAGAUCAAGAAGUGGAAAGUGAAUGUAGAAUCUGAAUUGAAGCAGAAAGAAAAUAAGUUGCAAGAAAAUAGAAAGAUAAUUGAAGCACAGCGGAAAGCCAUUCAGGAACUACAGUUUGAAAAUGAAAAAGUAAGUUUGAAAUUAGAAGAAGGAAUUCAAGAAAAUAAAGAUUUAAUAAAAGAGAAUAAUGCUACAAGGCAUUUAUGUAAUUUACUCAAGGAAACCUGUGCCAGAUCUGCAGAAAAGACAAAGAAAUGUAAAUAUAUUUCUUGUUUUAUUUCCAUAUCAGAGUCUGAAUUGUUUAAUCUCAAAAAUGAACUUUUGUCUGUUAAGAAACAACUUGAAAUAGAAAAAGAAGAAAAGGAAAAACUCAAAAGAGAGGCAAAAGAGAACAUAGUUACUCUCGAAAAAAGAGAUAAGAAAAUACCGACACCUUUAUUGGAAACACCUGAAACUCAUUAUUGGAAAUUUGAUUCUAAAGCAGCUCCUUCACAAAAUAUAUCUCGAAACUUCACAUCAGCUGACCAUGGUAAAUCCAAAGAUAAAAGGGACUAUUUAUGGACAUCUGCCAAAAGUACUUUAUCUACACCAUUACCAAAGGCAUAUACUGUGAAGACACCAACGAAACUAAAAAUUCAGCAAAGAGAAAACAAGAAUGUACCCAUGGAAGAAAGUAAUAAAAAGAGAAAAAUGGUCUUUGAGUUUGAUAUUAAUUCGGAUAGCUCAGAAACGACUGAUCUUUUGAGCAUGGUUUCAGAAGAAGAGACAUUGAAAAAAUUAUACAAGACUAAUAAUCCAACAACUUCUCAUCUUUGUGUCAGAACACCAAAAAAGACCCCUUCAUCUCUAACAACCCCUGGAUCUACGCUGAAGUUUGGAGCUAUGAGGAAAAUGCGGGAAGAUCGUUGGGCUGUAAUUGCUAAAAUGGAUAGGAAAAAAAAACUAAAGGAUGCAGAAAAGCUAUUUGUUUAAUUUCAGAAAAUCAAUGUGAUUAAGGAGCCUAAUAACAUCAAAUUUAUAGUCAACUUAAAAAUGUUUUAUUUUCUGAAGAGCCAAACAUUUUCUGACAUUGAGAUUUUUUUAUAUUUGCAUAAUUUGUUUUUUAUGAUUUUUAUGUUUUGGCCUAAAUUACCACAUGUUACCUGAAAACUUGUAAUUCUAUUACAAUAAUAAGAUGAUUAUGUUUUGUUUUUACCUUUUCUUGUAUUCAUGAAAACUGUUUUAGCUAAUUUUUCAAAUUUGUAAAGUUAUCCACUGGCUGCUAGGAAUCCAUUGAGAUUUAUUCUUUAUUCUUUAUUAAAAUAUCU